GGUGGCCCGCGGGCCGCCGGGAGCGGGCGGGGCCGGCGCGGGAUCCCCAGGCGGCUGCAGGCGACGGCGCGGGACGGGCCUCGGUGUACCCUCACUCCGCUGGUGAAGAAUGGGGGAGACCGAAGGGACGUACAGGGCCCUGCAGACCCCAGGGACGCGCUUGGGUGCCCAGACCCCCGCGGGCGUCAGCACCCUCGAGCCCGGGCAGACCCCCACGUCGGCGGCGGCGGUGCGGACCCCGGCCAGGUUGCACAUCCGGGUGCAGCUGCUGGACGACACCAUGGAGGUGUUUGACGUCGAGCCCAGGUGCGGCGGGCAGGCGCUGCUGACGCAUGUGUGGAGACGCCUGAGCCUGAUCGAGUGUGACUACUUCGGGCUGGAGUUUCAGAGCGCGCAGGCCCACUGGAUUUGGCUGGAACCCAUGAAACCCAUCGUUAGGCAAAUACGAAGGCCAAAGAAUACAGUGCUUCGCCUGGCAGUGAAAUUUUUCCCACCUGAUCCGGGUCAGUUGCAAGAAGAAUACACACGAUACUUGUUUGCCCUGCAGCUGAAGAGAGACCUGCUGGAGGAGCGUCUGACCUGCACGGACAGCACGGCUGCCUUGCUCACGUCCCACCUCCUGCAGUCGGAGAUCGGAGACUACGAUGAAGAGCUGGACCGGGCACACCUGAGAGCCCACGAGUACCUGCCGGGGCAGGAGCGCGCCCUGGAGAAGAUCCUGGCGCUGCACCGCGAGCACGCGGGCCAGACACCUGCUGAGUCGGAUUUCCAGGUGCUUGAAAUUGCCCGAAAGUUGGAAAUGUACGGCAUCAGGUUUCACACGGCCUCUGACCGGGAGGGGGCCCAGAUUAAGCUGGCAGUCUCCCACACGGGCGUCCUCGUCUUCCAGAGCACCACCAAAAUUAACACUUUCAACUGGUCCAGGCUCCGAAAGCUGAGCUUCAAGAGGAAGAGGUUUCUGGUCAAGCUCCACCCAGAGGCCCACGGCCCUUACCAGGACACGCUGGAGUUCCUGCUGGGGAGCAGAGACGAGUGUAAGAACUUCUGGAAGAUCUGUGUGGAGCACCACACCUUUUUCAGGCUUUCUGAUCAGCCAAAGCCAAAGGCCAGAGCGGUCCUCUUCAGCAGAGGGUCCUCCUUCAGAUACAGUGGAAGAACUCAGAAACAGCUUGUGGAUUACGUGAGAGUCGGCGGGGUGAAGAGGACUCCGUAUGAAAGGAGGCACAGCAAGACUCGGGUGUCGCUCCACACGCUGACUGCGGACUUGCCAAGGCAGAGCAUCUCUUUCCCUGAGGGCAUGAGGACUCCUGCAUCCCCGUCGGCGACGAAUGCCUCCUCCUGUUCAGUCCCCGCCUCCCCGCCAGCCCCUCUGGGCCCGCUCCAUUGCCAGGACAGAGGCGGCUCCCUGCCGCCGCCCCCGGCUCCUGACGCCAAGCGGCCAGCGACAGAGAGGAGCAGCAGCCCCGACGCGAGCCAGGCCCAGCCCCCCCGGCCCCCUGCACUCCAGCCUUGUCAAGGCCUUUCUGUGGAGAGUCCUCUGCCUUCUCCUUCCGCCCAGAAGAGCCCACCGAGCCUGAGCCCCGCAUCCCAGGUGCCUCUGGGCCCAGCUGAGCAGGGCUUGAGCCCCGUCCUCAGCGACGCUGGCGGAGCUGGGAUGGACGACCAGGAGGAGCCGAGACACGAGUGCCCACCCGAGGACGAGGCCUAUUUCAUAGCGAAGGAGAUCCUCACCACGGAGCAAACAUACCUGAAGGAUCUAGAAGUUAUUACUGUGUGGUUCCGGAGCACGCUGGUCCAGGAGGACGCCAUGCCGGCUGAGCUCAUGCACCUGCUGUUCUCCAGUGUGGACCCCAUCUACGACUUCCACAAGGGCUUCCUGCACGAGGUGGAGCAGAGGCUGGCACUCUGGGAAGCAUCGGCCAGCGCACCGGGCGGCCGCGGCCGCUGCCGAAUCGGGGACAUCCUGCGCAGGAACAUGCUGCAGCUAAAGGCGCUCGGCGGCCGCUUCCAGAGGCUGGCGCAGGUGCUGGAGGAGCUGGAGCAGGCCAGCCGGCACCUGAAGAGGCUGGAGGCCGUGUGCCGGGAGUUCGAGCUGCAGAAGGUCUGCUACCUGCCGCUGCACGCCUUCCUGCUGAAGCCCGGCCAGCGCCUGCUGCACUACCGCCGCCUGCUGGGCCGCCUGUGCGCGCGCCCCGGGCCGGGCGACCCCCGCCCCGCCGACCGCGCCGACCGCGCCGACCGCGCCGACUGCCGCGACGCCCUCCAGGCCGUCACGGAGGUGACCUCCGAGCUCCAGCACAGCCUGGUCCGCCUGGAAAACCUCCAGAAGCUGACAGAGCUGCAGCGGGACUUGGUCGGCAUCGAGAACCUCGUUGCUCCCGACAGGGAGUUUCUCCGUGAGGGCUGCCUCCACACACUCACCAAGCAAGGCCUGCAGCCGAGAAUGUUCUUUCUGUUCUCAGACGUGCUGCUGUACACGAGCAGAGGGGCCUCGGGGACCAGCCGCUUCCGGAUGCGGGGCCUCCUCCCGCUGCGCGGCAUGCUGCUAAUAGUGCUGGACCCACCGGUGGAAGAGCGCCAGAACGAGUGGCCCGCCCCGCACUGCUUCACCAUCUACGCGGCUCAGAAAACAGUCGUGGUGGCAGCCAGGAACAAAUUACCUGCGAGAGCCCCUGGUCCAGGGUCCAGCGAGGGGCUGCCCCUCCUUCCUCUCCAAGCCCCGCAGCUCCAGCAGUGGGGGAAAUGGGCACCCUGCCCUUCUGCCCUCCACCCCGAGGGGGCUGCAGCAAGGAGCCCCUGGCUGCGGGGUCCUGCCCAGCAGCUGAGCCCCGGCCCCGCCCACAGCACCCAGCUGGAGAAGGAGAAGUGGAUGCAGGACCUGCAGGCCGCCAUCGACGCAGCCAAGCACAGCAGUGGCACGGCCCUGGGGCUGCCGGGCAGCAUGGUGUGCUCUCUUUCCCGCAGGUCCCCCGACGAGGUCUCUUUGGAGCAGGAGUCAGAAGAUGCUCGUGGUGCCGGGGGCCCCUUGGAGGGGCAGGGCCGGCACCGGGCCAACACCACGGUGCACGUGUGCUGGCACCGCAGCACCAGCGUCUCCAGAGCCGACCGCAGCGCCGCCGUUGAGAACCAGCUUUCAGGGUAUCUGCUAAGAAAGUUCAAAAACAGUAGUGGCUGGCAAAAGCUCUGGGUGGUCCUCACCAACUUCUGCCUGUUCUUCUACAAGACACAUCAGGAUGACUACCCCCUGGCCAGCCUGCCGCUGCUGGGCUACCAGGUGAGCAUCCCCAGGGAGGCUGAUGGCAUCCACAAGGAGCAUGUCUUCAAGCUCCAGUUCAAGUCCCACAUCUACUUCUUCCGGGCGGAGAGCAAAUACACAUUCAGGAGGUGGAUGGAGGUGAUCGAGAAGGCCAGCAGCUGCCCUGGGAGGGCCAGGCCCCCCGAGGAGGAGGCGUGAGGCCCACACAGCCUGGACAAGGACAGCGCCGAGGAAGGAGAGCAGGGCUGGCGGUGGGCGGGGCUGCAGGGCACCCAGAGGAACGUGUGUGCUGGAGGAGACACGGCCCAGCCCAGGCACUGAUGGGGCCAGAGCUCGCCUGCCCGCUCCAGGCCUGGAAUGGGAACCUCCAGCUGGAGCUGUGCCGUGCCCGGUGCCUUCAGGUGGGGCGAACUGGGGGGCGCAGGGCCCCUGCUCUGGCACCCACCCCACAUACCUCUGCAAAGUGGAAAGCAGAGUCCCUGUAACUGUCAGUCUUGAGCUGUGCUGUGCUGACCACGUGUGAAUAAAGGGCACCUCCCGUGUGCUGCUCCCCACUCCAGUGGGCCGGGUGUGAGCACUGUGAUGACGCAGAUGCCUAGAACAGGCCUCUGGGGGCCAGACUGGGAGGGCCGCCCAGCACU